ACGGAUUAAAGAUGGCCCCCUCUCAUGCGCUGAGGUGCUGUAAACGGGCUCUGAACUGGAUACCUGUCCUGUUUAUUAACCUGGUUGUCGCCUGGUCUUAUUACGCCUAUGUGGUGGAGCUCUGUGUGUAUACAAUCCCAAAUGAUGCGGAACGAAUCAGCUAUUUGGUCAUCUUUCAUAUUUUCUUUGCCAUGUUCAUAUGGUCCUACUGGAAAACGAUCUGGUCCAAACCUGCCAGUCCUUCAAUAGCAUUUGCCCUGCCGCAAGCAGAGAAGGAUCUGUACGAGAAGGAGCAACGAGCCGAAGUUCAGCAAGAGAUCCUGAAGAAAGCGGCCAGAAAUGUACCUGUGUACACACGCACAGCUGGAGGAGCCAUCAGAUACUGUGAUUUCUGUCAAGUAAUCAAACCUGAUCGCUGUCAUCACUGCUCAACAUGUGAAAUGUGUGUGCUGAAAAUGGACCAUCAUUGCCCUUGGGUGAAUAACUGUGUUGGGUUUUCAAACUACAAGUUCUUCAUUCUAUUCUUGGCCUAUGCAACGCUCUACUGUGUUGUCAUUUGUGCGACCGUUGUGCAGUAUUUCAUCAAAUUCUGGACGAAAGAACUUCCUGACACACACGCGAAAUUCCACAUCUUGUUUCUAUUUUUUGUUGCGGCACUCUUCUUCAUUAGCAUAGUAUCACUUUAUAGCUACCAUAUGUGGCUUGUGGGGAAGAACAGAACCACUAUAGAGGCAUUUAGAGCUCCUGUUUUUGCAAAUGGUCCAGACAAAAAUGGCUUCUCUCUUGGCUUUAAACGAAAUGUAGCUGAGGUGUUUGGAGAACAGGCAAAGUACUGGAUUUUCCCUGUUUUCUCAAGUCAAGGAGAUGGACAUUCCUUUGUCACCAGGCUGGUUCACAUAGACCCUGAACAAGCAAACAGCAUCCUCCAGCAGAACGUAAAAUUCCCCGUGGAUGGAGAGACAAACCUUUGUGUGGUGCCUGAUGAUGAGCUUCACGCAGAGGAUAACUGCAAGAACAAAUCUGAUGGAGGCCAGAUGGUUACCGUGACCAUGGACACUGAGCCUUAGAAGCCCCACCCAAGGUCACGCACGCAGCCCUGUAUAGAUUAUCAGCUGAACUGCCUUAAACAAGGAGCAUCAAUACCUCCAAGACCAUCCGUGGCAUCAAAAAAAGAAAUACUGUUGUGAUGGCAACGAAUGCUUUAAAGCAACUUUGUAGACUGCAACAGUCUGAAGCUGAGGAGAUUUGUCUUUGUAUCUACUAAAUACUUUAUUUUAUAUUAAUUUUAUAAUCUAAAACCAAUCUCUGAGAGCCAGCUUGUGUUUUUACCAACUCUCUGAAUAUUAUAACCAUUUAAUCCAUUUC